UGUUGAAAGAGAGAGAGAAGAAAACAAGAAAUCAAGAAUGGGUUUAGUGAGAGAAACACAGUGCAUAUUAUAUUCCUGUCACUCUCAAUUUCUGAGCUUCAAACUUCCCCUCCUCCCUCACUGUCACUGACAUCCCGUAUCAUCCCCACUUACUCCUCCUCAGACCCACCACUCCUCCAUUAAAACAAUGCCAUAGUUUGUGGUAAAGUUUUCACCUUUACCUCUCUUUGUCUCUGGGCUGUGGAGGAAACAACGUAAUACAGAAAUGCUGGUCUUAGGGAGCAAAUGUAGGAGAAUUCUGUCUGUUUUUUGUGCUGCCAACAUGCAUUUUUGCCAUGGAGGGAGCCUCUUUCUUCUCUGCAUUUUCCUGGCUUCUGCCUCUCUUUCUCUCUCUUAUGAAGGGAGGAACCCUGAAGUUGAAGCUUUGAUAGCUAUAAGGAAUUAUCUGAAUGACCCAAAUGGAGUUUUAAGGAAUUGGGAUGUUGAUUCAGUGGACCCUUGUAGUUGGGCUAUGAUCACUUGUUCUUCUGAUAAUCUUGUCAUUGCCUUCAUAGCACCAAGUCAAGGUUUAUCUGGGACAUUGUCUGGGUUGAAUGCAAACCUCACAAACCUCAAACAAAUAUUGUUGCAAAACAACAAUUUCUCAGGACAUAUUCCAAGGGAGCUUGGCAGGCUUCCCAAUCUUCAGACUUUGGAUCUAUCCAAUAAUAAGUUUUCUGGUCAUGUACCUGAAACUUUGGGUCUUUUGAACAGCCUCCAAUAUUUGAGGUUGAACAACAAUAGCUUGUCUGGGGCUAUUCCACUGUCCUUAGCUAGGGCAUCUAAACUUGCUUUCUUGGAUUUGUCUUACAACAAUUUCAGUGGACCUGUCCCCAAGUUUCCUGCUAGAACAUUCAAUGUUGUGGGCAACCCGCUAAUUUGUGGAAGCCUCUCCUCUGGGACGUGCAAUGGAUCGUUCAACCCAAUCCCGCUUUCAUUCUUCUUGAAGACUUCAACAGGAAAGAAGUGCUCGAAAAGACUUGCCAUUGCACUCGCACUCAGCUGUAGCUGUGUCUCCCUUUUCCUCUUAGGAUUCGGAUUUAUCUUUUGGAAACGAAGCAAACAUACAAAACAGUCCAUUCUAAAUGUUAACGAUCUGCAAGACGAGGAACUAAUAAAACUAGGCAACCUCAGAAGCUUCACUUUCAAAGAGCUACAACACGCAACUGAUAAUUUCAGCUCCAAGAACAUUCUUGGCACGGGGGGAUUUGGAAAUGUCUACCGGGGAAAACUCGGGGAUGGCUCAGUGGUGGCAGUUAAGCGGCUAAAGGAUAUUAGCGGGACAGCGGGGGAAUCACAGUUCCAGACAGAACUCGAACUCAUUAGCUUGGCAGUUCAUAGAAAUCUGCUCCGCUUAGUUGGCUAUUGCGCCACACCAACCGAGCGCCUUCUCGUGUAUCCCUACAUGUCAAAUGGUAGCGUGGCAGCAAGACUCAGAGGAAAACCGCCUCUAGAUUGGUACACCAGGAAGAGAAUUGCGAUUGGAGCUGCCCGAGGGCUUCUUUAUCUCCACGAACAGUGUGAUCCGAAGAUAAUCCACAGAGAUGUGAAGGCGGCUAAUGUACUCUUGGAUGACUAUUAUGAAGCUGUCGUUGGCGACUUUGGCCUCGCAAAGCUCCUUGAUCACGCGGAGUCACAUGUGACCACUGCUGUUCGUGGCACUGUCGGGCACAUUGCCCCCGAAUACCUCUCGACUGGUCAAUCGUCUGAGAAAACUGAUGUCUUUGGAUUCGGUAUUCUCCUAGUAGAGCUCAUAACAGGAAUGAGAGCUCUCGAAUUGGGCAAGGCAGUAAACCAGAAGGGCGCUGCACUUGAAUGGGUCAACAAAAUGCAGCAAGAGAAGAAAAUCGAUGCAUUGGUUGAUCGAGAGCUAGGGACAACCUACGACAGGAUUGAAGUCGGGGAGAUGCUACAAGUGGCCAUACUAUGCACUCAAUAUCUCCCGGCCCAACGCCCCAAGAUGUCCGAGGUUGUUAGGAUGCUCGAGGGAGACGGUCUUGCUGAGAAAUGGGCAGCCUCGCACAACUGCAACAGCAUCAAAGCCCCCCAUAGGUCUAACCCUAUGGUCCCCAGGUAUGAUGACAAUGAGCAUGACCAUUUGCCCAUCUUCGGGACAAUGACAGAUGAUGACUAUGAUGCGCACGCCAUGGAGCUUUCGGGGCCAAGAUAAUAAAAAGACUGAACAGCAGAAGUAGAUAAGUAAAAUUCUUUUUUAUUCUUUACUGAAAUAGUACCAAUCUUUCACUCUUAGGUAGAGAAAACAGUAAAAAAAAAGUCAAAAAAAGAAAAAGAGAGAACAUAAUAGACCACUCAACUUUCUGUUUGAUCUCUGUUUAUCAUUUCGCCUUUUCCCCCCACUGUCUUCUUCACAAUGGUAACUUGACCUCUUUGGGUUUGGAAUGGAUGCCAUUCUUAGAGCUUUGAGAUUCUCAAUUUGCAGUUAGAUUCUUAGCCUCUUAGGUACUUUGUGCUCCCCCUUUGAGGUCAUGUUCUAAUGUAGAUAACCUUCUUUGUUGGUAAAUAUGUUUGGAAUUGUGUGGC